CUUACUCAAAUAUUAAGUAAUUUAUAGCUAUAUAUAUUUCCUAUCUAUAGCCUGUCUAAAUCCUGGUGGAAUUUAUUCGCUUCUUGUUCGUACAGUUCUUUAGCACAGCAAAAUUGCGUAUGUGUUUUUUUACGGCAGUUUUACGACAGUUUGUGAUAGGCGCCUAUUUUGGAAAAGUGCAGGGUUGUAGUUUUAUAUAGCAGCAAAAUCAGCAAUUUUAUAUCGUGUUUAAUGUUGUUUUAAGCGUUGUUUUAUGCGUAUAAAGUUGUCUGGACUUUUUAAUCGGGUUGUCCUUUUAUGGAAAGUGUUGUUAAGUUUAGUUAAGAGGGUGAAAGUCAGGCUGUAUUAGCUGGGUUAGCUAGGCUAGGCUACUUCAGCUCUAUAUACACAGUUAGAGAAAGUCAGUAUGGGCGAGUUUAAUGGAGCUCAGUCCACAGAGCUAUGAACAUUAUUACUGCAGCUCUGUACCGAGUCACAGCUCAGAGUCGCUUCUGCAGGCUUAUAUCCAGCAGUAUGAUCAGGAGAACACAGAUUAAGAAGGUUCUGUGUGUGGCUGAAAAGAAUGAUGCAGCUAAAGGCAUUGCAGAGAUCAUGUCCAGUGGGAGAGCCAGGAGGAGAGAAGGGCUGUCGGUCUACAAUAAAAUAUACGAGUAUGAAUAUAAUCUUUUUGGACAGAAUGUAACUGUUAAUAUGACAUCUGUGUCUGGACAUCUUCUCGCACUUGAAUUCAAAGCCCAUUUUCAGAAAUGGCACAGCUGUAAUCCAGUCUUGCUGUUUGAUGCAGAAGUGGAAAAGUACUGCCCUGAGAACUAUGUGCAAAUUAAGAGGACCUUGGAGAAAGAGGCUAGACAGUGCCAGGCUCUGAUCAUCUGGACUGACUGUGAUCGAGAAGGAGAAAACAUAGGCUUUGAGGUCAUUAAUGUCUGCAAGGCUGUGAAGGCAAACAUCCAAGUGUUCCGUGCUCGGUUUUCUGAGAUUACUCCAAACUCCAUCAGAAGAGCCUGUGAGACGCUGACUGAGCCUGAUAUUAAUGUCAGUGAUGCAGUGGAUGUUAGACAGGAGCUUGAUCUGCGAAUUGGAGCAGCAUUUACAAGGUUUCAGACUUUACGGCUACAGAAGAUCUUUCCAGACUCUCUUGCGAAUCAGCUGAUUAGCUAUGGAAGCUGCCAGUUUCCUACCCUUGGUUUUGUGGUGGAGAGAUUUAAAGCAAUUCAAGCCUUCAUCCCUGAGACCUUUUUUAAAAUUAAAGUGGUUCAUGAGCCUAGUGAGGACGAGUGCGUGGAGUUCAGCUGGAAAAGAAAUCGUCUGUUUAACCACACAGCUUGUCUUGUGCUCUACCAGAUGUGCAUGGAGGAACCCCUGGCAACAGUGCUUUCUGUAACAAGUAAACCUAAAAGCAAAUGGAGGCCAUUACCUCUUGACACUGUGGAACUUGAGAAGCUAGCCUCAAGGAAAUUGAAGAUAAGCGCCAAAGAGACAAUGAAGAUAGCUGAAAAACUCUACACUCAAGGGUUUAUCAGUUAUCCUCGUACUGAGACCAACAUGUUUCCCACGAACCUGAACUUGGUUCCGCUGGUUGAGCAACAGACUCAAGACAGCAACUGGGGGCCAUUUGCACAAGGCAUUUUGGAGAGCGGUGGGCCCACACCUCGAAAUGGAAACAAAUCGGACCAGGCCCAUCCUCCCAUUCACCCCACCAAAUACACUAAUAGUCUACAGGGAAACGAGAAGCGUCUGUACGAGUUUAUUGUCCGUCACUUCUUGGCCUGUUGCUCUAAAGAUGCACAGGGCCAGGAGGUGAUCGUGGACAUCGACAUCGCUGAGGAGAAGUUCUCUGCCAGUGGGCUCACGAUCAUCGCCAGGAACUAUUUGGAUGUUUACCCAUAUGAAAAGUGGUUCAACAAGGUUAUUCCAUUAUAUACGGCCAACACAACGUUCCAGCCUUCAGCCAUUGAGAUGGUGGAAGGACAGACCAGCCCACCUCAACUUCUGACGGAAGCUGACUUGAUCGCUCUAAUGGAGAAGCAUGGCAUUGGCACUGAUGCCACACACGCAGAGCACAUCGAAACUAUCAAGAGCCGCAUGUAUGUGGGUCUAACAGCAGAUCAGAGGUUCCUCCCUGGAGAGCUCGGGAUGGGCCUGGUUGAGGGUUAUAAUUCUAUGGGCUAUGAAAUGUCUAAACCGGACCUGAGGGCAGAACUGGAGGCUGACCUGAAGCUCGUGUCUGAAGGGCGAAAGGACAAGGCAUCGGUCCUCAGACAUCAUGUAGCAAAAUACAAGGCUGUUUUUAUAGAGUCUGCCAGGAAGGCAAAAAAAUUGGAUGAAGCACUGUCCAAUUAUUUGGGCCAGGCCCAGGAGUAUACCGAGCAGGAGGAACAAGAAUUAGAGAUGCCUCUUCCAGUACGGAAGUGUCCGCAGUGCAACCGGGACAUGGUUUUAAGAAAGAGGAAGGACAGCACAGGGAAGUUUCUGUCGUGUCUGGGCUACCCAGCCUGUAAGGCAGCAGUGUGGUUUCCAGAUACAGUGCUGGAGGUCAGCAGAGAUGACAGCGUCUGUCCAACGUGUCGCCCACAUCCUGUCCACAUGCUGAAGUUCAAGUUCAAGAGGGGAAGUCUUCCUCCAGGGAUGGAUCUCGAGUUUGUCGGCUGCAUCGGUGGCUGUGAUGAGACCCUAAGAGAGGUUUUGAAUCUGAAGUAUCUCCGUGGAGGCGGCAGUGGAGGAGAUUCUGGCAUUCAAGUUAUUCAACGUACAGCUUCACGUCAACCAAAUGCACCUAGAAACAAUAAUACAGCACUUCAGUCCAGGUCUGAGAACAGACCUCCACCUCCCAGACCCAGCGCAGACAGUAGCAGACCCCCACUGACCAAUCCCGCACAGUCAAGGCCCAUGCAGCUGCCGUCUUCUGACCAGAGCAAUGCUGUGGUGUGUAACUGUGGAGUGGACGCGCUUCUCCUCACAGUUCGGAAAGAGGGUCCCAACCAAGGCCGUCAGUUCUACAAGUGCAAUACGGGGAACUGUAAGUUCUUCCUGUGGGCGGAUGAGUCGGCUGAGCAGCACGGGUCAGCAGGGAGCAGAGGACCAGCUGGUCAAAGUUUUCAACCUUCAAGACCUUCUGUUGGAUUUGGAAAUGGGCCUCAGGAGAGGCAUGGCAGCAGAGGAGCAGCAGGAGAUACAGGAGGAGAGGCGAUGUGUAACUGUAACGAACCUGCUGUCCAAAGAACCGUCAUGAAAGAUGGGCCAAACAAGGGAAGAGCGUUCCAUACCUGCGGGAAACCACGGGAUCAGCAGUGUGGCUUCUUUCAAUGGGCGGAUGAAAACGUGCCUCCAGCUGCUGUAAGAAGCACAACAGGUGGAGGAGACAACAGUACGUGGAAUGGCAGUAAGAAGACUGGAGUUUCUUCAAGUAAAGCUCCUGCUGCCAAAAGGCCGAGGACUUGUGGAAUUUGUCAUCAGCCAGGCCACACACGGACCACCUGUCCACAGGGCCGGUGAGACAGAAGCAGUCUGUCCACUGAGUCACUAAUGUUUGUAAAUUUAUCUUUGUUUUAAAACUUUUACAGAAUAAAAUAUAAAAUUUACAAAGUAAUUGCUGUCAUCAAUUGUAUAACGGAAUUAUUUUAUUACAGUAAAUGUAAAUAGAAAAAAAAUGGUUAACCGCAUGUUCGUUUUGUGUUUUUAACCAGAUUUACCAACCUGAACCAAACUGGGAUAAUUUCAAACAUAUUGAUAUAUUAAAGGUGUAAAACAGC